GCCGGCCCUAUCUUGCAAAAUCCCAGUCAACAUCUACUAAAUACAGAUGUAUUCGAUCUACUGUAGCCAUUAUUAAAUGGCGACUCGGCCUACAAGAAAUUGGGGUUUUUUUUCUUCAUUCCAGCAUCUCACAGUCUCAUCUAAACGAUUUAUUACUAUUUAUUUCAUUAUAUUGCGAUUAACCAUAUCAUCUACAGCAUCUAAGGCAGAAUGUCACCAUCUUUAGCCGAGCUGGAGGCCGCAGCAAGAGAUGUAAUUCGAAUCAUGAAGACCGUUCCCGGGUUAUCAGAGCAGCAUAUAGCCGUGAUUGGCGGGAUGGCUUUAUGGAAAUACUUGCCUAGGGGACGCUCUACCGAGGACGUUGAUUUUAUCAUAACCUUAGACGGACCGAAGAGUAUCAAGCCGAGACUACUGGCACUAAAUAACUCUCCAUUCGUUGAAUAUGCCCAGUGGUUUUAUUAUAAAACUCCCAACGACAGGCUGAUUCAAAUAGACUUCGUUGGACAUUUCCAGGCUGCCUAUUUCCCACCAACUGCCCAAAGGGUUAAGGAUAUUCCUGAGGGAACGAUUCCUUACAUCACGCCGAGCGACCUCAUAGUCUCUAAGAUAUUCUCAUGCGGCCUCCGUGGUGACCCCACUAAAAGUCGUCGCGACGCCGCUGACGCGGAAAACCUCCUGAAUGAAGUGACCAAGUCUCAUGGACCCCUGAUACUUGCACCUCAUCAGCUAAAUCCUGUUCAAGGAGGCUUGCCCGACGUCAUUCGACAAACUGAUAAAAACAGGGACUGGUGGAUGACAAGGCUCGGUCUUGUGACGCCCUCUAACAGUACUUCGGAAUCUGCUGGCCAAACCUCUGGUGGGGGUUCUUAUGGUGGUGGCUCAUCCCGUGGAUCGGGUGGGAGAGAAUCAAGGUACUCUUACUACUGAUGAGAUUGUUUAACGUUGCCAUGUAUUCACAUAAUCUUGAUCGAAUAGCGGAUAUUGCGCAUGUACAUUAC